AAUCUGGCAACUAUGCAUAGCAACAAACAAACAAGUUUUGACGGAUAAGAUCGUUGUUUAUAUCAGUGGCUCAUCUAUUGUUGCAGAGAUUUUAUAUUGUUGAAGCCUCCAAAUUUUAACACGAAGUAGAAAUGGGUGACCGAUACAACAUUCACAGUCAGUUGGAGCACUUGCAAAGUAAAUACAUUGGUACGGGACACGCGGACACCAACAAAUACGAAUGGCUUACUAACCAGCAUCGUGACUCGCUUGCCAGCUACCUGGGACACUACGAUAUGCUCAGCUACUUCGCUGCUGCGGAGAACGAAUCUAAAGCCCGCAUUCGUUUCAAUAUUAUGGAGAAAAUGCUCCAACCCUGUGGUCCACCGCCCGAAAAACCAGAUGAAUAAAUUAUUUAAUAAAAUUAA